CAGUCGCUCGCUGCGGUCCUCAGCGGGGGACUCGGCAGCACGCUCCCCCGGCUUUAUGAAGCUCCGUCAGCCGGCGGCGACCAGUCCGCAGCGCCACCUCGCCGGUCGCUUUCCACUCGGAGACGUUUGAUGGUGGUCUUUUAGCAAUGCGGAAGCGGAAAACGUCGACGACUGCGGACCACGAGAGAGAGAGCCCAGUCGAGGCGGAUGUGAGGCAGACAGGCUCUGAGGGGGUUGAUGGGCUUGGUGGGCCCGAUCGGCAGCACAGCAUGAAGCCUUUCAGGAGGAUGGGUGUGAUGUCCAAGUUGAGGAGGGUGGCAUCGUGGCUGCUGGUGGUCUACAUCUGCAUCCCCUUCAUCGUCAAGCUAUGUCCGUCCAUCCAGGCCAAACUCAUCUUCCUCAACUUUGUGAAGAUUCCCUUCUUUGUGGACCUGAAACGACCUUCAGACGUGGGACUGAAUUACACACACAACUUCUACCUGGAGCCUGAAGGGGGACUCAAGAUCGGAGUGUGGCACACAGUUCCUGCUGACAUGUGGCGAGACGCUGAGGACAAACCGGGAGACUGGUUUGACUCCACGCUUGGCUCCGCCCACCCAGCCAUCCUCUAUCUCCAUGGAAACGCAGGGACCAGAGGAGGCGACCACAGAGUUCAGCUGUACAAGGUCCUCAGUUCGUUAGGCUAUCACGUGGUGACGUUUGAUUACCGGGGCUGGGGGGAUUCAGACGGGUCGCCCUCGGAGAUCGGAAUGACAUCAGACGCCCUCUUCAUGUAUGAUUGGCUGAAAGAGAGGCGGAACAAACGGCCACUAUACAUUUGGGGACACUCGCUGGGCACUGGGGUGGCCACAAACUUGGUUAGACGGCUGUGUGACAGAGGAAGUCCUCCUGACGCUUUGAUCCUGGAGAGCCCGUUCACCAACAUACGUGAGGAGGCCCGCAGUCACCCCUUCUCUAUGGUGUACAGACACCUGCCUGGCUUUGAUUGGUUCUUCCUGGACACCAUCAGCGCCAACAACAUCCGCUUCGCCAGCGAUGACAACGUCAAUCACAUCUCCUGUCCCGUGUUGAUCCUGCACGCCGAGGACGACGCCGUGGUUCCGUUCCACCUUGGCAAGAAGCUAUACAAUAUGGCGGCCCAAUCCAAGAGCCUGAGCGGUCACAGGGUCCAGUUUGUUCCGUUCUCCUCGUCGCUGGCCUACAAGCACAAGUUCAUCUACAGGAGCCCCCAGCUGCCUCACAUCCUCAGCGAUUUCCUCGGCACGGCUCAUCCCAACGCACAGUGACCGCACGCGCACAUGUUGCUUGCUUGCAUUGGCACCCUAGCCACGCCCACCAAGAGUCAAGAAUCCCUUUAGCAUCUUUUUACUUUAUUUUCUUCCGUCAAUGUUUGCUUGUGUUAGACUGUUACAACUUGAAUAUAAAUUAAACAUUUCUUGUUUUAACUUUG